AUGACUGCAAACCCAUCAUUAGUUCUUAACAAAGUUGACGAUAUUUCCUUUGAAGAAUACGAAGCUCCAAAACUCGAAUCACCAAGAGAUGUCAUUGUUGAAGUUAAGAAAACUGGUAUCUGUGGAUCAGAUAUCCAUUACUAUGCCCAUGGUUCAAUUGGUCCAUUUAUUUUAAGAAAACCAAUGGUUUUAGGUCACGAAUCAGCAGGUGUUGUUUCUGCUGUCGGAAGUGAAGUUACCAACUUGAAGGUUGGUGAUAGAGUUGCCAUUGAACCUGGUGUACCUUCAAGAUUUAGUGAUGAGACCAAAUCUGGUCAUUAUCAUUUGUGCCCACAUAUGUCUUUUGCCGCCACCCCACCAGUUAACCCAGAUGAACCAAAUCCUCAAGGUACUUUAUGUAAAUACUACAGAGUCCCAUGUGACUUUUUAUUCAAAUUACCAGAUCAUGUUUCUUUGGAGUUGGGUGCUAUGGUUGAACCAUUAACUGUUGGUGUCCACGGUUGUAAAUUGGCUGAUUUGAAAUUUGGUGAAGACGUUGUUGUUUUUGGUGCCGGUCCAGUUGGUUUGUUGACCGCUGCCGUUGCUAGAACAAUUGGUGCUAAAAGAGUCAUGGUUGUUGAUAUUUUUGACAACAAAUUGAAGAUGGCAAAAGAUAUGGGUGCUGCCACUCAUAUUUUCAACUCAAAAACCGGUGGUGAUUAUCAAGAUUUGAUCAAGAGUUUUGAUGGUGUUCAACCUUCAGUUGUUUUGGAAUGUAGUGGUGCUCAACCAUGUAUCUAUAUGGGUGUUAAAAUCUUGAAAGCUGGUGGUAGAUUUGUUCAAAUUGGUAAUGCCGGUGGUGAUGUCAAUUUCCCAAUUGCUGAUUUCUCAACCAGAGAAUUGGCAUUAUAUGGUUCUUUCAGAUAUGGUUACGGUGACUACCAAACUUCAAUUGAUAUUUUAGACAGAAACUACGUCAAUGGUAAAGACAAAGCACCAAUUAAUUUCGAAUUGUUGAUUACUCACAGAUUCAAGUUUAAAGAUGCCAUCAAAGCCUAUGAUUUGGUCAGAGCAGGAAAUGGUGCUGUCAAAUGUUUAAUUGAUGGUCCAGAAUAG